AUGGCGUGUUCGUGUUCUCUCCGCCCUUUACCUGCAGUUUCUUUAAUGAGUCCAACACAGUCCAUUCUUACAAAUAGACCUUCAAGUUCUAUAUUCAAAACUAGAGCCGUGGCUAAAGAACUUUACUUCAACCAUGAUGGCUCAGCUACAAAGAAGCUUCUGGCAGGGGUGAACCUGGUGGCUGAGCUAGUUGGGGUGACAUUGGGUCCUAAAGGAAGGAAUGUUGUGUUGCAAAACAAAUAUGGACCUCCCAAGAUUGUUAAUGAUGGUGAAACUGUUCUAAAAGAGAUUGAGUUAGAGGACUCAUUGGAGAACGUCGGAGUGAAAUUGGUGAGGCAAGCUGGUGCAAAAACCAAUGAUAUUGCUGGUGAUGGUUGCACUACAUCUGUCGUGCUAGCUCAGGGUUUGAUUGCUGAGGGUGUAAAGGUUAUUGCAGCGGGCAUGAAUCCUAUUCAGAUCUCACGUGGGAUUGAGAAAACUGCAAAAGCCCUUGUUUCUGAACUCAAAUUGAUGAGCAGAGAGGUUCAGGAUCAUGAGCUUGCAGAUGUUGCUGCCGUAAGUGCAGGAAAUGACUAUGAAGUAGGAAACAUGAUAGCUGAUGCUCUUCAACAAGUAGGAAGGAUGGGUAUAGUCACAGUUGAAAAAGGGAACUGUUCUGAGAAUACUCUACAGAUUGUAGAAGGGAUGCAUUUUGAUCGUGGAUAUUUAUCUCCUUAUUUUGUUACGGAUCAACAAAAGAAGACAGUGGAGUUUCACAACUGCAAGUUGCUUUUGGUAAACAAAAAAAUCACGAACCCAAAGGAGAUGUUUAAAAUAUUGGACAAUGCUGUUAAGGAGAAGUAUCCAAUUGUGAUAGUUGCAGAGGGCAUUGAGCAAGAAGCUCUGGCUCCAGUAAUUAGGAACAAACUCAGGGGUGUGCUGAAAGCUGCGGCUAUUAAAGCUCCUGCCUUUGGUGAGCGCAAGAGCCACUGCUUAGAUGACAUUGCUAUCUUAACUGGAGGGACUGUAAUCAGAGAUGACAUGGGAUUGACCCUUGAAAAGGCGAACAAGGAGGUUUUAGGGACUGCUACUAAGGUGGUGAUAACUAAGGAUUCUACAUUAAUAGUUACUGAUGGUAGCAAUCAAGCUGCUGUUCAGAAGAGGGUUUCUCAGAUUCAGAGGCUUGUUGAGAAUACUGAAGAAAAAUUUCAAAAGAAAAUACUGAACGAAAGAAUAGCAAGGUUGUCAGGGGGAAUUGCCAUUCUGCAGGUAGGAGCACAAACACAAGUUGAAUUAAAGGAUAAACAACUAAGGACUGAAGAUGCUUUGAAUGCGACGAAGGCUGCUAUUGAGGAGGGAGUUGUAGUUGGUGGCGGUUGUUGUCUAUUGAGGCUUGCUUUAAAGGUGGACAGUAGUAAACAACUUCUGGACAAUGAAGAGCAAAAGAUUGGAGCUGACAUCUUCAAAAGAGCUUUGGCCUAUCCUGCUAGACGGAUUGCCAAAAAUGCUGGUGUUAAUGGGAAUGUUGUUAUAGAGAAGGUUCUUUCUAUUGAUGACAUGAAGUAUGGAUACAAUGCUGCAAAAGACCAAUAUGAGGAUUUGAUGGCUGCUGGAGUUCUGGAUCCAACAAAGGUAGUUAGAUGUUGUUUGGAGCACGCAGCAUCCGUUGCCAAAACUUUCUUGACAUCUAAUGCAGUUGUUAUUGACAUCAAAGAACCUGCGCCGAUUAAAAUGAGGAGACCAAUGCCAACCUCAGGUAUGUAUGGGAGCUUUUAUAUCUUUCUGAUGUAUCACUGUUGA